AUGAAUCCAGCCCGAAUUCAGAAAGGACAGAGAACCACCAACAAAUUUGACAAAAAGAGAUCCUUACUCAGAUAUGCUGUGCUGAAGUUCCCCUCCAACGAAUACAAUGAAAGAAUUAUGAAACAAGUACAAAGAAAAGACAAGAUUACAUUUAGAGGAAAACCAGUCACAAUUAAUGCUGGCUUCUCAGAAGAAGCCCUCCGAGCAAGGAGAGAAUGGAUACUGUACAACAGGCGAACUGGAGCCUAUCACAUUCGACAGCUUUACUCUGUGGCAGAAGCUAGCAAGAAUGAGACUGGAGAUGCAGAAGGAAUUGAAGUGCUAAAAAAUGAGCCAUACGAGAAAGUUGGUGAAACGGGGCAGUACACCCACAAAAUUUGCCACCUGAAGAGCAAAGUUCCUGCCUUCAUGAAGAUGAUUGCUCCCGAAGCUUCCUUGGUGAUUCACAAAAAAGCCUGGUACGCCUACUGCAGAAAUAUUGUAACAAAUGAAUAUAUGGAAGAUGAUUUCUUCAUUAAAAUUGAAACAUGGCACAACCCAGACUUGGGAACAUUAGAAAAUGUACAUGGUUUAGAACCAAACACAUGGAAGACGGCUGAAACUGUCCACAGAGAUAUUGCAGAUCGAAGUCAAGUUGAACCAGCAGACUACAAGAGAGGCCCUUUGGGACCCAACUGGAAGAAGGAGCUGGCCAAUAAGCCUGAAUGUCCACAGAUGUGUGCCUAUAAGCUGGUGACCAUAAAAAAAAAAAAUCCUAAAAAAGAAUGUCUAUUAAGUAAGGAGUAA